CGAUGACUGAAACACCUCCGGAGGCCAUAGGCCAUAUGAGCACUCACGUACUCACCCAGCUCUCUGCACAUCGCUCGCGACACGCGGGAAAGGACGCGGCGGGACGCACAAUACCACCUCUGAUUGUCGGCGUACAGGGGCCGCAAGGCAGCGGGAAGACCUUUCUCACCUCGCUCCUCCGUGACGCCCUCCAAUCCCCGCCGCAUAACCUCUCUGUUGCGGUCUUCUCGCUCGACGACCUCUACCUCCCUCACGAUGGCCUCGUAUCACUUGCACAGGCUCACCCCCACAAUCCGCUUCUCAGGGGGCGCGGUCAGCCGGGGACGCAUGACGUGCCCCUCGGGACACAAGUUCUCACCAAGCUGAGGGGCAUCAACGAUCUAACUGGUCCCGACGCGCAAGUCGAGCUCCCGAGCUUUGACAAGAGCCUGUUCAACGGCGAGGGAGACCGCGCUCCCUCAGGCACAAUUGUGCGUCCUCCCGUAGACGUCGUGCUCUUCGAAGGAUGGUGCGUAGGCUUCUAUCCCAUCUCGCGCGAGGAGGUCGAACGGCGGUUCGUGCGUCCUGUUAUUGGGCUCGACGAGGGAUUCUUUGAGAAGAGAGGAUACAAAGUGGAGGAUGUGCUCGAGAUCAACGAGCGUCUGAGCAGUUACGUUUCGUGGUGGGAGUCACUCGACGCGUUCAUUCAGAUAAAGCCUCCUGAUGAGCACCCGUACACCCACAUAUACAAGUGGAGGCUGCAGCAGGAACAUAAUUUGAAAGCUCGCAACGGCGGCAAGGGUAUGACGGACGAGCAAGUAGAAGCCUUCGUGGACCGUUAUAUUCCAGGGUACGUUUUCUUUGGAGACGGUGUAACGGAAGGCUUCGAGGAAAGCCCGGGCCACCGCAAAUUGCCGCCGUGGAUUGGGCGCGGGCUGCGUAUCCAGAUAGGAGAAAGCCGAGAAGUGUUAAGGGUAGAUAACUUCUGAAUGAAGGGAUCGACAUGUAUGUUUAUGUGUAUGUUUAGUAUUUAUCAAACGCGCGCAGCUCAUUCCUCG